ACUAAUGCCAGUUCAUUUUCUCUCUGUCAUUUUCACAAACACCAACAGCUCCUAGAUCUCUCCCCGGAGCUGCGGCACCGGAGAAGCUUCAUUGCAGUAUUUGAUAUGCUUGUAUGCUCGAUUACUACCUGGUUCUGUUGAAGCGUUGUUGAGUGUAUUAGAUUUCGGAGGAGGAUGGACGCUGCCGAUGGAACGGUGAGAUUAGGAGCUCUGAAAAUGAAGGCGGCUCGGGGCCGCGAUUUGGAUUCCGAUGUGUCGGUUUCUUCGCCGGUGACUAGACAGAAAGCUGCUGCCGCCAAGCAGUUCAUUGAGAAUCAUUACAAGAACUACUUGCAAGGAUUGCAAGAUCGUAUGGAGAGACGUCGAGUGCUUCAAAGAAGAGCACAAGAAGCUCAAAUUCCAACUGAGGAGCAAGAGGAGAUGCUGAGGAAUCUGGAACGUAAGGAAACUGAAUACAUGAGGCUGCAAAGACGGAAAAUUGGAAUUGAUGAUUUUGAACAAUUAACUGUAAUUGGAAAAGGUGCAUUUGCAGAGGUUAGGUUAUGUCGUGCUAAAGAUACGGGAGAGAUUUUUGCAAUGAAGAAAUUAAAGAAAUCUGAAAUGCUUCGCCGUGGACAGGUUGAGCAUGUCCGAUCUGAGAGAAACUUACUUGCAGAGGUUGAUAGUCGGUGCAUUGUAAAACUAUUCUAUUCUUUUCAAGAUUCUGAUUUCUUAUACCUUAUUAUGGAGUAUUUGCCUGGUGGUGACAUUAUGACGCUACUGAUGAGAGAAGACACUCUCUCUGAAGAUGUUGCACGUUUUUACAUCUCAGAAAGCAUUUUGGCUAUUUAUUCAAUUCACCAACACAAUUACAUUCAUCGGGACAUCAAACCAGAUAACCUGAUACUAGACAGAAAUGGUCAUUUAAAGCUUUCAGAUUUUGGUUUGUGUAAGCCCCUAGAUGACAGAUAUUCAUCAAUUUUGUUGGAGGAUGAAGAUAUUACCUCUGAGGAAUCAACUGUUAAUACUGAAUCCCCGUCUGGCUCUGAUAGAGUCCCUUGGUUGAUGCCAAAGGAACAAUUACAACAAUGGAAACGCAAUCGCCGUGCUUUGGCCUAUUCAACUGUUGGAACCCUUGAUUACAUGGCACCUGAAGUCUUGCUAAAGAAGGGAUAUGGGAUGGAAUGUGAUUGGUGGUCUCUUGGUGCCAUCAUGUAUGAGAUGCUCAUAGGCUAUCCUCCCUUCUGUUCUGAUGAUCCUCGGAUAACCUGCCGCAAGAUAGUGCAUUGGAGAACCUGCCUGAAAUUCCCUGAGGAGCCAAAAAUAUCAGAUGAGGCUAGGCAUUUGAUUUGUCACCUGCUCUGUGACGUUGAAACAAGGCUAGGUGCCGGGAGGAUAGAAGAACUGAAGGGACAUCCUUGGCUCAGAGGCAUUCAAUGGGAAAAGUUGUAUGAAAUGGAUGCUGCUUAUAAGCCCACAGUUAAUGGAGACUUGGACACUCAGAAUUUUGAGAAGUUUCCUGAGUUGGAAGGUCUACCCUCUACAACACCACAAGUGGGGCCUUGGCGGAAGAUGUUGACAUCAAAAGAUACAAAUUUCAUAGGAUUCACUUUUAAGAAGUCAGAUGUCCUUAAAUCACUUGCGAGCUCAGGUAUGCUGCUUUUGAUGAUGGAAAAUGAAAGAGAAGAACAAUUAGGUAAUGUCCAACUUCAGUAUGUGCCUGUUCAGAAGUCACAUAAGGAUGGAGCAACACAUGGCUGUUUUGCCACAAUCCAAUUUGAAGUUUACCACACGGCACACUCUACUUUGGAAUUAGCAGUGUUUCAUCACAUUAUGAAGGUGUCCAAUUGCCUUUGGCUCAUUGAUAUCCAAUGUGGUAAACCCGUUUUGUGGAAGAAUCUAUCAAUAUCCAUGAAGUUUAUGAAUGUUAGGGAUGGACUCAUUGUUUGGGUGUUCAUUGCAGGUACAGACAUGAGAGUCAAUGGACCUCCAAACGGCCCAUCUUUAAUUUCCUUGCUAGGCCGGAUUGAUCUUCAAGAAACAGCAAUACCAGAGGGUGAGCAGAAGCAGGAAAGUUGAUUUUUAAGCACUUGUUUGCUUCUGUUGAGUUGAGGCUCAAGGGUAGUUUUUCCUAUUCAAGUUGAGCAAUUAUCAAACAAGACCGAAUUUGGCAAGAACAGCUGAAGGAAGACAUUAAUAUGAUGAAUUAAAGAAAACAGCAUCUCAUCUUCACCCCUAUUCUUCUGAUCCUUGUCCUGAUCCUGGAGAAUAAGAGCUGCUAUAAAGCUGAAACAAUGUCGAAAUCCAUUUUGAAUGCCAUUCAUUUCCCUUCAUAUAAAUGCCUAUUAAUUAGAAAACUUUUUCAUGUAUAUGCAAUACUAACUGCUGCUCACGGCUACCCAUUUCUGUCGCUUGUUAUUUUGUUCUUAGCACUGUAUUCGUUCUAUAUCAGUACUUGCUUUCUGUGGAACGGUUUGGAAUUUAUGAAGUCAGAUACCACCAGAAGCAGAUAGCAUUGGAUUACAUGG